AUGAACCAUCAACAAAAACCACAAGAAGGAAAUCUAACCAAUCUGAAGGAAUUUGUUCUUCUUGGAUUUUCAGAUGUUCCUGAUCUCCAGUGGGUUCUAUUUGGACUAUUGAUUGCUAUGUAUUGCUUCAUCUUACUAGGCAAUGGCACCAUUGUACUAAUCACAAAAGUAGACGCUGCUCUUCAGACCCCUAUGUACUUUUUUCUUGGUAACUUUUCCUUUUUAGAAAUAUGUUAUGUAUCAAUUACUCUUCCAAGAAUGGUCUUCAACCUUGGAACACAAAGGAGGACCAUCUCUUUCAUUGCCUGUGCUACACAAAUGUGCUGCACUCUUAUCCUGGGGGCCACAGAGUGCUUCCUGCUGGCAGUGAUGGCUUAUGACCGUUAUGUUGCUAUCUGUAACCCCCUGCGUUAUCCUCUAGUUAUGAACCAAAAGGUGUGUUCCCAACUGGUGAUUGGCUCCUGGAUCAGUGGAAUCCCAAUUCAGAUAGGGCAGACAUCACAUAUCUUUUCUCUGUCGUUUUGUGGUUCCCACCAGAUCAACCACUUCUGUGAUAUUCCCCCAAUACUUCACCUGGCCUGUGGGGACACCUUUAUCAAUGAGAUGAUGGUUUUCCUAGGUGCUUUUUUAUUUGUCUUGUUUCCAUUCUUGUUAAUAGUAUUUUCCUAUAGUAAAAUCAUCUCUACAGUCUUGAAGCUAUCAUCAACCAAAAGUCGAGCCAAAGCCUUCUCUACCUGUUCUUCUCAUCUUGCAGUUGUGAUAUUAUUUUUUGGAUCAGCUAUGAUUACAUAUUUUAGAUCCAAUACUAGUCAUUCAGGUGAGACAGAUAAAGUACUUUCUCUUUUCUAUACUGUUGUGACUCCUAUGUUUAAUCCCAUGGUAUACAGUCUAAGAAACAAGGAUGUCACAAUAGCACUGAGAAAAUUCUUAUGCAAACAAUUUGUAAAAAUAUAG